CACUCACGCUAUGGAGUCUUCUACAGACACGGCAGAUUAUAUUCUUCAGGCUCCUGUUUUUCACCCGGUCCUUCCCUACAUCACCACCAUUUUUGGCAGCCUGGCCCCUGGUCGAAUGGUUCUGCUGCAGGGCACAGUCCUAAUGGAGGCGGCAAGGUUCCAGGUUGACUUUCAGACUGGCUGCAGCCUGAGCCCGCGGGCUGAUAUCGCCAUCCACUUUAAUCCCCGGUUCCGCCCACAGCCUCACGUCAUUUGCAACGCUCUGAGCAACGGCCGCUGGAUGGAAGAGGCAAAGUUUUUUAAGCUGCCGUUGAAAAGAGGGGACUCUUUCCAGCUUCUGUUCCUCUUUGAGCAAGAGUAUGUGAAGGUGAGCGUGAAUGGCCUCCACUUCCUCCAGUAUCGCUUCAACGUGCCACUGGUCCAGAUGAACACGUUGGGAGUCUCUGGUGGCAUCUUCGUGAAAACCAUCGCUUUCCUGGCCAGCAAUCCUUUUGAUUCCGUCCGAAAAGGAUACCCGCUGGCCCCGCUUCUGCAUCUAAACAACCCUGGUCUGACUGUACCUCUGACCCGCCAGCUCCCCCAGGCCCUCAGGCCUGGAGAUGUGAUCGCAGUGCGAGGGCUGGUGCGUCAGGAUCCAAAGGAGUUCCACCUCAGCUUGAAGAAGGACCCCUCUCAUGUCAUCUUGCGCUUUAGUGUUUAUUUCGUGGACCAGACAGUGAUAUGGAAGUCCUCUGCUGACCAAAGGCAAAACUCUGGGGAGAAACUGGUGACCUGUUUCCCCUUCUACCCACAACGAUACUUCGAGCUACUCCUCCAUUGCGAAAAGGACCAUCUGAAACUGGCACUAAAUGGGGCACCACUUGGACAGCGACGCUUCCCUUUACCGUCCGCUGAACCCAUCACAGAGCUGGCAGUCGAAGGAGACGUCACACUUUACAGCAUCCUGUGCUGAA